AUUUAACUCAAACAUCUGAGCACAACCAACAUUCCAAGAUGGCAACACCUGACAUGGAAGUCAUCAAAGAGUUGUCUGGCUACAUGUAUCCCGUUAUACUGAAGGCCGUUCUAAAGUCUCAGAUUCAUCAACUGAAGGCAAAUACAUCAGGGGUGCCUGCGUAUAUGGGAGCUUACCGCGUUUAAGUGAGAAAGUUGGAGCAAAACUUUAAAGAUGGCGUCGUUUUAGUGUUUUUCGUGAAGGAGGAGCGAAUAUUUUCAACCGAUUGAACAACUUGCAAGUGCCACCAACGAGGAGUCGAUCAUCCUAACAGCCAAUGUGGCUGAUGGAACCCUGAGUCAUCUUGGCUCAGACUCGGCCAAAGGCUUCCUGGAAGAUCAUGAAGACAUCAAGUCUCAGUUCCUCAGCUACUGCUUAAAAAGCCACCACGAGAGGAAGCAAGAGCAAGAACAAAGGGAUAGGGAGGAGGAAAUGCGGAAGGCACAAGAGGCUGCAGUGGCUUCCUUUGCAUUUCAGCAACAGCAAGCUCAAUCCAUUCAGUCCAUGGGCUCCAUGAGUAACAUGUCCCCCAGGGAGCCAAUGCCUCGUUUCCAGGCCACAGCCCGAUCACCGCCGCAGCAGUUACGGCCUCCAGGUGGAGGGUUGCGACAUAAGCCAUAUCCAGUGAAACGCCCAAUCCAAGUAGCAGCCUCCCCAGUCAGAUCUCGAAUGACGUCAACCGCCAAGCUUGAUGGCCAAACAAUCAAGCUACAGCUGGACGACGAAACCUCCAACCAAAGUGCACUCAGUCAGCCAUCUUCACCAGCAUCUCAUCAGAACAUGAAAUCUGAACCAGGAACCGACGACGCAAACUCAGAAUCAUCCUCAUCACACAACGAGCAGAAUCAAGAAGGAGCAGACUUGUCUAGUUUAGUGUCAGGUGAUAACGGUGAACAUGAUCCAGACGUCAGUGUUAAACUUGAAGCAAUAUCUGAAGCGGAAAUGGACUUAGAAAUCACUGAUUUAAAGCCUGGGAGACAUAGGCAAUCCCAGGAUUGGGGCGCUAAUGCCAUGGGAAUGAACUUUGACCCAACUGGUGCUUCUGGUUCCCAGGCAGACAUGACAGUGCAGCAGGAUAGGCUUGUCUGCCAUCAUUGCCCGAAGACAUUCAACACGACCUUUGAUCUAAAUUGCCAUAUUCUAACGCACACAGGGGAAAAGCCAUUCGAUUGCAGUGUUUGUCAUAAACAAUUUAAUAGGAAAACUGAUUUUAGACGUCACAUGUUGGUCCACACAGGAGAAAAGCCAUUUGAAUGCAGUGUGUGUCAUAAACAAUUUACUCGUAAAAGUAUUCUUAAGGAUCACAUGUUGUUGCACACAGGGGGAAUGCCGUUUGAAUGCAUUUUUUGUGAUAAACGAUAUAAUCGGAAAGGUAAACUUCAAGAUCACAUGAUCGUUCAUACAGGAGAAAAGCCGUUUGAUUGCAGUAUUUGUCAUAAACAUUUUAGUCGUAAAAGUACUCUUAAGCAUCACAUAGAGUCGGUCCACAAAGAUUAGGCCUUUGUUUGUCAAAGAUGAUCAGCAAUGAAGAGCAUCCUUAAGGGUCAAAGCUUAGUCCACUGGAGUGCCUAUUGUUUGUGGAACACGUGUGGGGGACAGAUACACAAUAUGACACCUGUAGUUAUCAAUUCCAUUAAUAUUGUUUAACCAAUAUUUUGGUAUAAGGCCACCGAAAAAACUUUGCAUAGAAUGCUGUUUGAAUGUAGUGUUUGUGAUAAACAAUUUAAUCGGAAAGGUCAUCUUAAGUGUCACACAGAGUUGGUCCACACAGGGGAAAAAGCCCAUUCGAAUGCAGUGUUUGUCACAAACAAUUUAGUCUGAAAGGUCACCUUAUGGAUCACAUUCUGUUUGUUUACAGAAGGGAAAAGACAUUUGAAUGCAGUGUUUGUGAUAAUCAAUUUAGUCGAAAAAGUUUUUGGUUCACACAGGGGAAAAGCCAUUCGAAUGCAGUGUUUGUCUCAUAAAAGUGUUCUUAAAGAUCACAUGUUGGUCCACACAGGGGAAAAAACGUUUGAAUGCAGUGUUUGUGAUCAACAAUUUAGUCAGAAAAGUAAUCUUAAGGGUCACACAGAGUUGGUCCACAAAGAAGGCAAAGACGAUCAGCAACGAGGAGCAUCCUUAAGGCUCAAAGCUUAGUCCACUGGAGUGCUUAUUGUUUGUGGAACACUUGUUGGGGACAGAUAUAGAAUAUGACACCUGUAGUAAUGUAUUCAAUUAAACUUUUCAUUGUUUAAACAAUAUUUUUGUAUAAGGCCCCCAAAAAACUUUGCUAAACCGAAGUUUCGCAAACUUAACAACCUUUUUCCUUUAACAUAUUCAUAUUGUAGAUAAGGCAUGCCAUAUUAAUGCUUCAUUGUGAUCAUUUAUUGAUUAUUAUUUUUUUACGUAAUAAUUCCAUUUCUUUUAUUAAAUAUUAUGUGUUUAAAAUAGCCUUUCCUAUUGCAUUUUUUUAUAUGGGAUUUUUUUUUCACUUCAUUCAUGGGAAUGUUUAAAAGCUUGUUUUCUUUUUGUAUUAAUGUAUUUAAACUACAUUUAAGGACUGUAUAAUCAUUAUUUUAGUUAUAGGCAAAUCCUAUUUUUAAAAUGGGAAAAAACAAAUGUUUGUUCUUAUUUUGAAAGAUUAUUCAUAUAACUUGCAGGAACAAUAUAUUUUAUCAAGUGAUAAACACUGUUCACGAUUUAUUGCGUUUUAUCGUGUUUGAAAAAAACAACAUCUGAAACUUUCCUCAUUGAAUUUUUAUAUCAUGGAUUUUUUCAAAAUUACCGAAGUUGAAUUUAAAAUGCAAAUAAAAAAAUAUAUAUUGAUCUAUCAAAUGUCCUCUGCCAAAUUUUAAGUGCAACUGCUUUACCAUUAUUCCAUGUCAAAUACUUUUUGUAUAUAUCAUUCAAAGUCACAUACACGUUAUUUAGAUCAAAUGACCAGUGUCAUUUCAAAAUGUGUUUUAUGUCAUAUACGGCCAGCAUAGCUCAAUUUUAGAUGGCGCAUUUGCAAGUUUAUUUUUUAAAACAAGAUUAAACACCUUACAAUCGUGUAGAUUGUUGAUAUUGUUAAUAAUUUGAUAUAAUAUAGUAUUUAUUUUUUUAAAUAAGAAAAAUAUCUUAUGGGAUUCGUUUUUGCCAUAUAAAAGUUGAAUUUGUCUCUUUCAAAGAAAUUUGAACGAAAAUCAGCAGACAUACUUUUAGAACGCUUAAAAUCGAUAUUUAAGCAUAAACAUACGCAAACAUUUGUUUAAAUCCAAUGGGAUUUAUUUUUCCAUGCAGAAAGUGGGGAAAUGGUGAAAAUAGAAAAAUUCCAUUAAAGAACGAAAAAUCACAUGGGAAAAUCCCACGGGAAGACCAACUUUGCUAAACAUUUUAAUGUGAAAAACAACAACGCAUUUUGUAAGCAAAAAUAAUGAAUUAUUAAUAAAAUAAUUAGACUUUUACUCCAUACUUUUUCUCAAGGAGGCAAAUCUGAAAGAAAAAAUGUUCUUAAGUUUGCGAAAUUUCGUUUUCACAAAGUAUCAGGGUGGCAGCUGUAUAUUGGUGCAUGGUUAAAAUCGUGUUAGUUUUUAAGCUCACCUGAGCACAAGGUGCUCAUGGUGAGCUUUUGUGAUCGCCUUUUGUCCGUCGUCCGUUGUCCGUCAUUCAUUGUGCGACGUCAAUAUUUGCCUUGUUUACUCUCUAGAGGCCACAUUUAUUGUCCAAUCAUCAUGAAAUUUGGUCAGAAGAUUGGUCUCAAUAAUAUCUUGGAUGAGUUCGAAAAUGGUCAUGUUUGCUUGAAAAACAUGGCUGCCAAGGGGCGGGGCUUUUUCCUUAUAUGGCUUAAGCAAAAUCUUGUUAACACUCUAAAGGCCACAUUUAUUGUCCAAUCCUCAUAAAACUUGGUCAGAAGAUUCAUCCCAAUAAUAUCUUGGACAAGUUCGAAAAUGAUGUCGGUUGGUUGAAAAACAUGGCCCCCAGGGGGCAGGGCAUUUUUUCUUAUAUGGCUAUAGUAAAACCUUGUUAAGACUCUAGAGGCCACAUUUAUUUUCCGAUCUUGAUGAAACUUGCUCAGAAGAUUUGUCCCAAUGAUAUCUUGGAUGAGUUCAGAAAUGGUAACCUUUGCUUGAAAAACAUGGCUGACAAGGGGUGGGUAGUUUUCUCAAUAUGUAUAUAGUGAAAACAGUCUAGCCAUAAUGUUAAAGAAAGAUAACCUGUACAUACUUUCUAAUAGUUAAGUAAUAGUUAACUCCCUUGUAUAAACCUGGGACUUCUUUUAUAAAAUGUGGUGUACAUAAAGACAGUAGUUUGCAUGCAAUUUAAGAAACCUAUCUCAUAAAAUAAAUGUACAUGUACUAAUGCACUGUAGAGCCUUAUCUUUGAUCUUUACUGAUAGGCCAAGUUAACCUACUAUGUUUUGGUGUAUUUAACAGACUACUGUGCUAUGAAACUGUUUCCAUGGCAACCUUGUUAUUUGGCAUUUUCUAAAUUAUAAAGACUCUUUUGAUUGAAAUAACUUUUGUAAAUUCAAGUUGCAAAUUUAUUUAAGGACAUCAGCCCAGUGGACUACUAAAUCUAUGUAUAGUUCUCUGAUCAGCAUUAACAAAUGUAAUACCUCCGCAUUGCUCAGUACAUGGUUUACAGUUUUCUAUAAGUCUAUGUUCUGAAGAAAAAUAUAUAUUUAACAUAGACAUUGUGAUAUAAAUACACAAUAGUUAAAAAUUUAGACUAAUAUACGGAAAGUAUAUUUACAGCUCUGAUUCUUCGAUUAAACACCAAAAAGUCUUGCUGAAAUUUAGUUUUAAAAUUAUCCAGAAACAUAAUUUUAUUACUUUCAAUUAUCGCCUCCCAGCAGUAUAAUCGGGACGCUCAAACCCAUUUAUCUAGAGCGAUCAGCUUAUCUUCUAGAAAAAUGUCAAAUCUAACGUAUUAUGCUUAUUACAUUUAAUAAUAGUUGCGAAUCUAUGUUUCAAAACAGUUUUUAUGUCCCCCACUAUAGUAGUGGGGGACAUAUUGUUUUUGCCCUGUCUGUUGGUCUGUUGGUUGGUUGGUCUGUUGGUUGGUUGGUUUGUUUGCGCCAACUUUAACAUUUGCAAUAACUUUUGCAAUAUUGAAGAUAGCAACUUGAUAUUUGUCAUGCAUAUGUAUCUCAUGGAGCUGCACAUUUUGAGUGGUGAAAGGUCAAGGUCAAGGUCAUCCUUCAAGGUCAAAGGUCAAAUAUAUGGGUCAAAAUCGCUCAUUUAAUGUACACUUUUGCAGUAUUUCAAUAUUCAAGAUAGCAACUUGAUAUUUGGCAUGCAUGUGUAUCUCAUGUAGCUGCACAUUUUGAGUGGUGAAAGGUCAAGGUCAUCCUUCAAGGUCAGAUGUCAAAUAUAUGUGGCCAAAAUCGCUCAUUUUAUGAGUACUUUUGCAAUAUUGAAGAUAGCAACUUGAUAUUUGGCAUGCAUGUGUAUCUCAUAGAGCUGCACAUUUUGAUUGGUGAAAGGUCAAGGUCAUCCUUCAAGGUCAGAGGUCAAAUAUAUGUGGCCCAAAUCGCUAAUUUUAUGAAUACGUUUGCAAUAUUGAAGAUAGCAACUUGAUAUUUGGCAUGCAUGUGUAUCUCAUUGAGCUGCACAUUUUUAAAGGUCAUCCUUCAAGGUCAAAUAUAUGGGUCAAAAUUGCUCAUGUAAUGUCACUUCUGCAAUAUUGAAGCUAGCAAUUUUAUAUUUGAAAUGCAUGUGUAUCUCAUGGAGCUGCACAUUUUGAGUGGUGAAGGGUCAAGGUCAUCCUACAAGGUCAAACUUCAUACAGGGGGACAUUUUGUUUCACAAACACAUCUUGUUUAUAAUUCUACUUAUCUAUUAAUUAUCCCUUUACUCUCAAAUACCAGCUGCAUUUAAUAUCAUUAGUAUUGCAAAUAGUGGGUUUUAAGUACAUUUUCUCUAUCUCUUUAAUUCCUGACCAAAUAUAUCUGUGAUAUGUGUACAUUUAGACAUGAUAGUUUUUUGUCAAAAAAUGUUCAACAGUAAAGUUGGAGAAUAUUUCAAAUAAUUUUUUUAUUGAUCCAUAUAAUUGAAUUUUGACAACAGUUGUUGCUUAAGCUGUAAAUGAUAUUUUUAUGUACAUAUCUUUACUUUUUCUUUCUUGAUAUUCAUAAUAUACACUAGGACUUUGUGAUAGUUAUAUAUACGUUAAAUAAUAGCCAUAUUAAGUAGGUUCAAUCAGGCAACACUGUACUUAAAGCUAUGAAAUAUCACGCCCAUUAAAUUUAUAUAUAUUGUAUGAACAUUGUAUUGUAUGAACAUUUCUUGGAAAUAUAUAAGUACAUAAUUUUUCUAUUUCAAGAGCUUGCUUCAAUGUUGUAAUCUGUUCUUUCUAUGCUGUCAGCAUGCCGAUUUUUUUCCAAAAAUAAAUGUUAGACAGGUGUAUUUAUUAGUUUAUCUCUACAUGUAUAUUGAUCCCACUGUAUAGCAAUUGCUGUUCCCUGUAAAGGGCUGUAAACAAGGGGUUAGGCAUCAAGCAACUGUCAGAGAUAUUGAGGUACCUGCUGAUGCUAAUAGUUAUUUCAUUGGUCUGCGGUCAUUAAAUUACAUGCAACAAAAUGUGUGAAAAGUGGCCAGCACAGGAAUUUGGGGCCUGUCUUAGAACUGUGCAGAUAGUUUACAUCAGUGUAAAAGUUUUCAAAUGACAUAAUUUAAUGAGCCACGAAACAAAUAUCUACUUAAGAAAUAUCGAACGAACGUAAACUGUAUAAAAUUUGACUUACUUAUGAAUGAGCAUAAUGAAACUGUUCUUUGCAAUUUAUUACAAUUAUCUUGAAACUUGUCAAAAAUAGCCACCUGGCAAACACAUAAUAAAACUAAAAUCAACAAAAGUGCAUAUAUUAUGUAUAACCACCAUGUGUUUGUACCUGUUUAUUUGUUCAGGUUGUCACAUAUGUUUGCACUUUCUCAAACAUGACAUGACCCACAGCCUGGGCAUUUAUAUGUAUAUAUAUUUGUAAACUCAUAUCACAUAUGUAUGUGCUGAGUACUAAUAAACUGUUGAAACUGU